AUGGGUCCAUUAUUGAUAAAUAAUUUGAAAGAGCAAGAAGUAGCCCAAAGACAUUCAUAUAUUAAAUCAGGUGGUCAUUGGAAGCCAAGAAACUGUCUAGCAAGACAUAAGAUAGCAAUAAUAAUUCCAUUUCGUGAUCGACAAUCACACCUAACACGAUUGCUUGACUUUUUAUUUCCAAUUCUGAAACAUCAGAAUCUUGAUUUUCGAUUCAUCAUUACUGAACAGUACGGGAAAGAAUUGUUCAAUAAAGGCAAAUUAAUGAAUGCAGCAUUUUCCUUUGCGGAAAAACUAAGAGUAAAUUGUGUAAUAUUUCAUGAUGUUGACAUGUUUCCAGCAGAUGAUCGUAUCAAUUAUGGUUGUCCGGAAACACCGCGACAUAUCGGAGCUUAUGUAAAUACUUUAGGUUAUAGGUUAAUGUAUGCUGAAAUAGUUGGAGGUGUACUUGCAAUUCGUAUGAAUCAUUUUCAUGCUGUUAACGGAUUUUCAAAUGAAUUUUGGGGUUGGGGAGGUGAAGAUGAUGAUAUGGGAAUACGUAUCUUAACGUUAAAUAUGACAAUUGAACGACCGGAUGCUCUUAUUGGACGUUAUGUAAUGUUACGGCACAUCAAGAGAAACGAUUCUAAUAAUCAGCUAAUUAAACGUAUGCUAAAAGCUUCUCACAUUCGUAUGCAAUGGGAUGGUGUGAAGAAGCUAACGUGGACAAUUCUUCAGGUUGUUGAACGCCCUCUGUAUUAUCAUUUGUAUGUUGAUGUAGGUAGGCCACCACCUGGAUGGCAUUGA